ACUUCUGGAAACUCCGCCCUCGCUCCUUCCUCCGUUACAAAAACCCUCCUAAAAUACCCGAGCCUCCCCUUAUCCUCAACAAAAUCUCAUUAUCUUCCUCCCGAUAUAAAAAAAAAAGCCCCAUCCCUUCCGAGAAAUGCGCGGCCCACCCAACGCGAUCUCCACCGCCUCCAUCCUCGCCUCCCCUCGUCAGGGGGCUUUGAGGAAGAACAGCAGACAGAAGCCUGGCAGUGCUAAUUUCAGGAGGAUGGUGGUUAGGGCGUCGGCGAAGGAGAUAAAGUUCGAUCAGGCCUCCAGGUCUGCUCUCCAAGCCGGCGUUGACAAGCUCGCCGAUGCCGUCGGGGUCACUCUCGGGCCCAGAGGGAGGAAUGUUGUCUUGGAUGAGUUUGGGAACCCUAAAGUGGUGAAUGAUGGUGUCACUAUUGCUCGGGCUAUUGAACUUGCUGACCCUAUGGAGAACGCGGGUGCUGCUUUGAUAAGAGAGGUUGCUAGUAAGACCAAUGAUUCUGCUGGUGAUGGCACUACUACUGCAUCAGUUCUUGCCCGUGAAAUUAUCAAGCUGGGACUCCUAAAUGUUACCUCUGGUGCGAACCCUGUUAACAUAAAAAAGGGGAUUGAUAAAACUGUUCAGGGCCUAGUGGAAGAGCUUGAAAAGAAAGCACGACCUGUGAAGGGUCGUGGUGAUAUCAAAGCUAUUGCUACUAUCUCAGCUGGUAAUGAUGAGUUUGUGGGUGAGAUGAUCGCCGAUGCUAUUGAUAAAGUUGGUCCUGAUGGUGUUUUGUCUAUUGAGUCGUCAUCAUCAUUUGAGACAACUGUUGAUGUUGAGGAGGGAAUGGAGAUUGACCGAGGUUAUAUCUCCCCUCAAUUUGUUACCAACCCUGAAAAGUUGGUUGUCGAAUUUGAAAAUGCCAAAGUUCUCGUGACUGAUCAGAAGAUUUCAUCAAUAAAGGAAAUUAUUCCUUUGCUGGAAAAGACCACACAGUUGCGAGCUCCGCUGUUAAUUAUUGCCGAGGAUGUGACUGGGGAGGCAUUGGCCACCCUUGUUGUCAACAAAUUGCGAGGCAUUCUUAAUGUUGCUGCAAUUAAGGCGCCUGGUUUUGGUGAGAGAAGAAAGGCUCUUCUCCAAGAUAUUGCUAUCGUGACAGGAGCUGAAUUCCAAGCUAAAGAUCUAGGUUUGCUGAUAGAAAAUGCGUCAGUGGAGCAGCUUGGAACAGCAAGAAAAAUCACCAUCGCUCAGACCUCGACGACCAUCAUAGCAGAUGCAGCAACCAAGGAUGAGAUUCAGGCCAGAAUUGCUCAAAUUAAGAAAGAGCUUGCAGAGACUGACUCUGUUUAUGAUUCUGAGAAGCUUGCAGAGAGAAUUGCCAAGCUUUCUGGUGGUGUGGCAGUCAUAAAGGUUGGUGCUGCAACUGAGACAGAACUGGAGGACCGCAAGCUGCGCAUUGAAGAUGCUAAGAAUGCAACUUUUGCAGCUAUAGAAGAAGGCAUUGUACCUGGUGGUGGCGCUGCCUAUGUACACCUCUCUGCUUGUGUUGCUGCUAUAAAGGACAAGCUUGAUGAUGCUGAUGAGCGUCUUGGUGCUGACAUUAUCCAAAAGGCACUGGUUUCACCUGCAUCCUUGAUUGCUCGCAAUGCGGGAGUCGAAGGAGAGGUGGUCGUCGAAAAAGUCAAGGACAGCGAGUGGGAAGUUGGGUACAACGCGAUGAGCGACAAGUAUGAGAACCUCGUCGAAGCUGGUGUCAUCGAUCCUGCAAAGGUCACAAGGUGUGCACUUCAGAAUGCUGCAUCAGUGGCUGGAAUGGUUCUAACUACGCAAGCUAUCGUUGUAGAGAAGCCCAAGCCAAAGGCUCCGGUGGCAGAACCAGCACCAGGGCAGCUUGCCAUUUAAGUGUUUAUUAAAUCUUUUGUGAUUGCUGCCGUAGUUUUGAAAUUGAUAGGUUGGAUACGGUUAAAGUUAGAGAGACUUCUGAAGUAAUUGUAGCUCCAAAUUUGUGAGUGAGAUGACUGAAAGCGGCCAAUCUUAGCAGCUUCUUGUUUUAAAAUGUGGUCACUGUUUUCUACUGUUAAAGGUUACGUGGAUUCGGACUGGUAACUGUUAUUAUGUUUGGUUGAUUAUAGAUAAGACUUUGUACUAUCGCCC